AUGCCGCUGCGGCUGGACAUCAAGAAGAAGCUGUCAGCAAGGAGUGACCGAGUGAAAUGCGUUGACUUCCACCCUUCGGAGCCCUGGACACUGUCAGCGCUGUAUUCAGGCAACAUCUUCAUCUGGGACUACAACACGCAGACUUUGGUCAAGCAGUUCGAGGUUUGCAACUUGCCGGUGAGAUGCGCCAAGUUUGUUACUCGCAAGCAGUGGAUCGCUACUGCUUCGGAUGACAUGCACAUACGUGUCUUCAACUACAACAGCCUGGAGAAAGCCCAUGAGUUCGAGGCCCACACGGACUACAUUCGAUACAUCGCGGUCCACCCUACCUUGCCGUAUCUCCUCUCCUGCUCCGAUGACAUGUCCAUCAAGCUGUGGGACUGGGACAAAAACUGGAAUAACCUCCAGGCCUUCGAAGGGCACGCGCACUACGUGAUGAUGUGCCAGUGGAACCCCAAGGACACGAACAUCUUUGCUUCGUGCUCGCUGGACCGCUCGAUCAAGGUCUGGGGUGUGUCCGGUGGAGCAGGUGGAACGAGCAGCUGCCACUUUACCCUCACCGGCCAUCAGCGGGGUGUGAACUGUGUUGAGUAUUCACCUGGUGGCGAGAAGCCAUACAUCAUCUCAGGGUCAGAUGAUCGGAGCGUCAAGAUCUGGGACUACCAGACCAAACAGUGCAUACAGACUUUGACCGGCCACACCAACAACGUGUCCUAUGCUCUGUUUCAUCCCGCCCUGCCUAUCAUCCUGACGGGCAGCGAGGAUGGCACUGUGAGGAUAUGGCACGGGUCCACCUACCGCCUAGAGGCAACGUUGAGCUACUUCUUGGAACGUGUGUGGUCCAUUGCCGUGCUCAAGGGCUCCAACACCGCUGCUCUGGGAUACGAUGAGGGUACAGUCGUGAUCAAGCUUGGAAGCGAGGAGCCAGUCGUGUCCAUGCACUCGGGCAAGAUCAUUUGGGCCAAAGGCAAUGAGAUCCAAACCGCAAACCUCAAGCUGUUGGACGAGGGUGUGACUGCACGCGAGGGCGAGAAAGUGCCGCUGAGUGUGAAGGACAUGGGUGCGGCAGAGGUGUUUCCGCAGUACAUAGCGCAUCACCCGAACGGCCGUCUCUUUGCGGUAUGUGGUGAUGGCGAGUUCGUGAUCUACACGGCCCAGGCGCUGCGAAACAAGUCGUAUGGUCCGGCGCUAGAGUUCUGCUGGGCACAUUCUGGUGCCUAUGCAACUCGGGACGGAAACGGCAAGAUCACGGUCUUCCAGGACUUUAAGGAGAGCUUCUCCUUCAAGCCUCCGUUUACGGUAGAAGAGACUUACGGAGGCCGCCUGCUCGGCGUCCGCGGCGGGGACUUCAUUUGCUUUUACGACUGGACGGAGUAUCGGCUCAUUCGCCGCAUUGACGUGGUGCCCAAGGAUGUGAUUUGGUCCGAGGAGGGCAGCUCCGUCGUGCUCAUUUGCCCCGACUCCUUUUACGUGCUCAGGCAUGACAAAGACGCCGUGCAGGCGAGCCUGAUCUCUGGCGGCCAGGUGGACGAGGACGGUAUCGAGGCAGCUUUUGACCUGCAGCAUGAGAUCAAUGACAAGGUGGUCAGCGGGCUUUGGGUCGGGGACUGCUUUGUGUACGUCUCUCAUGCUCAGCGGCUGACAUGUUUGGUCGCGGGCUCGCAGGAGACCCUGGCACAUCUAGAUCGCCUGCAGUACUUGCUGGGGUACAUGCCCGAGCAAUCAAAGCUGUAUCUCAUCGACAAGGAGCUCAAUGUGACUCCCUACACCUUGCACAUGGCCCUUAUAGAGUACCAGUCGGCCAUCAUGCGGAAGGACUUUCCGGCAGCGGAAGGCUUCUUUUCCCAGCUGCCUGAGUCGCUACACAAUCGAAUCGCCCGCUUCCUGGAGAACCAGGGCUACCAGGCCGAGGCGCUGCAGAUCUCCAAGGAUGACGAGCAUCGCUUCGAGCUAGCUACGCAGCUGGGGAAGCUCCAGAUGGCUGCAGACAUCAUCGUGAGCAUCACGGCCCAGGCCAAUCCAGGGAUGCCGCCUCGUGGCAAGUGGAAGAACCUUGGAGAUGUGGCUCUGGAACAAGGUGACUUCACGCUGGCAAAACGGUGCUUCAGUGAAGCAAAGGACCUUGGGGCCCUCUUCCUCCUGUACACAUCGGUCGGUGAUGCGGAAGGCGUCCUCUCCACCGGUAAGCUCGCCCAGGAGAGCAACAUUAGCAACAUCUCCGUGCUGUGCUACUUGCUGCUCGGAGACACCAAGAGUGCCCUGGAGGUUCUCGUCAACGCGAACCGCUUGCCUGAGGCAGCGUUUUUCGCACGGACGUAUUGUCCAAGCGAACUGUCCAGAGUUGUGCAGAUUUGGACAGCAGACUUGGCAAAGGUCAACCAGGCUGUGGCUGACUCCCUCGCAGAUCCUUCCAAGUUUCCAGACCUUUUCCAGGACUUUGACUUAACUCUCGCGGCGGAGAACGCAUUUGAAGCAAGGAGAAAAAAUCCUCCUCCUGCUUCUGCUUACGCGACAGAGAAGGAGAUUCUGGAGAUGGAUGUCAUGGAGGAGCUCAAGAAGUUGGGUCCUGACGGCUUCCAGAAGAUGCUCACGAAAGGAGGCGGGCCUGCAGAUUUUGCGCCAGCCCCUCGCGUUCAACCAGCGGCGGCACCAGCUGCAGCGCCUGUCGCAGCGCCGGUUGCGGCGCCAGCUGCGGCGCCAGCGCCGCAGCCGGAACCGCAGCCGGAUCUCAUUGUGCCUGAGCCCGUGCCUGUCAUGCCGGCUCCGGCGCAGUCCGCCCCAGAGACCAUAGUGGAGUCCUCUUCACCUGAACUGCUGGUGCCGGAUGCCGCUGUGCCAGCACCAGAAUCUGCCGGCGGAGAAGCUCCAGCACCCGAGCAGAGUGGCGGGGGAGCUGCAGAGAUGCCAGACCUCCUUUAG